UGAGCAGCUGCUUCCCUGACGGCCGGAGGCUCCGAGCAGGAGGACGGCCGUUAGCUGGCUAUUUAAAUUAACGACGUUAGCUGGUUAUUUUAAAUAACGACGUUAGCUGGGUUAUUUUAAAUCAGCGACAACGUUGUCGUCGCCUCGUCCCCCUCCUCGGGUGUAAAUUUCCACGAGGCUGCUUCGGUCGUGAUUUUUCCAGCCCGCCGAGUAGAUGCUGUUAGCUCUUUGUGUGGCUAGCUGCUAGCCGAGAGAUGUGUUGUUGUUGAGCCGAGCAGAGCACCUCCUCCCUCCGUCGGGGAGAGGAGAUCCCAGCCGAGCAGAGCACCUCCUCCCUCCGCCUGGGAGAGAAGAUCCGUGCCCAGAGGAGCAGCCCUCCUCCACCCGCCGCCGUGAAGACUGACCCCCGCGAAGCCCUCGUUACCGACACCGACGACAGCGGGGAGUUUGGCCGAAGAAGGGAGGAGAUGGGAAACUGUUUGAAAUCUCCCACCUCGGAUGACAUUUCUUUGCUGCAUGAAUCUCAGUCGGACCGGGCCAGCUACGGGGACGGAGCGGACCCCGACCAGGAGCCGCCGCCCCCCUACCAGGAGCAGAUCCAUGUGCCUGUUUACCACCCAACACCCAGCCAGGCCCGACUGGCCACCCAGCUGACCGAGGAGGAGCAGGUCCGCAUCGCCCAGCGCAUCGGACUCAUCCAGCACCUGCCCAAGGGCGUCUACGACCCGGGCCGGGACGGCUCUGAGAAAAAAAUCAGAGAGUGCGUCAUCUGUAUGAUGGACUUUGUUUACGGAGACCCCAUCCGGUUCCUGCCCUGCAUGCACAUCUACCACAUGGACUGUAUAGACGACUGGCUGAUGAGAUCCUUCACCUGCCCCUCCUGCAUGGAGCCCGUGGACGCUGCGCUGCUUUCCUCCUACGAGACCAACUGACACAAACACCCCUCAGACCAGACCGGACACACACACACACACACACACACACACACACACGGAAUAUGCACACAAAUGGAAAUACACAAAACUUCCACCUUGCUAACUUAUAUCCUGCAUUAGUAAGACGGUGAUAUCCAACCAAGUAAAAGAUGUAGGGUGAAUUCUGUGUGUUUGUGUGUGAGCAUGAGUGUGUGUGUGUGUAUAUAUAUAUAUAUAUAUAUAUAUAUAUAUAUAUAUAUAUAUAUAUAUAUAUAUAUAUAUAUAUAUAUAUAUAUAUGUGUGUGUGUGUGCGUGCGUGUUUACGGUGCACAGUUUCCUCAGUUGGCCUGCUGGACAGGAUUACAUCUGGGUAAAGGACCGGACAGGAAGAAGAGUGUCGGUGGUGAGAAGACGGGAGCCGACAGUGGGGGGAGAGCAUUGAGGAGGGAGAGGAUGGAUGACGGUUAUUUCUAGAUGUGCUUUUAGAUAUGCGAUACAUGCACACAAGCGUACACACUUCCUUUAUUUACUCCCAGUCAGAAGUGAGCCAAAAUGCAGCAGGACAUCUGAUGUCCGACGUCUGGCUGCAGAUUGUGUUUGUUGGACUGCUGAAGCCUGAUCGAUGCGAUGUCGUACUGCAGGACAGCGGGGGGAAGAAGCACCCUGCUGAGUCAUAUAUGAUGCAAGAACUGUCACAGAUGCAGAUAUGUGGUUUGAAGACUGCUAGAGAUGGACAUCAGACUCACAGAGGUCUAUCCUGCAGGCCUCCUGGAGUCGUCUCUCUGUACAGAUCUUUUCUGAGAAAAACCAGAUGGGUCGGUGGAUCGGUGGAUCAAUUGUCCCGCGGCUUUGUGAAAUCUGUUCUCCCAUUUGUUUUAUCAGUCAGCAUAAGGGCUCCGUUGAACCAACAACACAGACAUGACACAAAGGAAAGUGCUUCUAGUCACCGAUGUGAUGGAGAGACAGUUGCUGUUGAGCAUUUUUUUUUUUUGGACUCCUCAGUGGGAUCUUGGAUUAUCGGCCAAAGCACAAGUAGACCAGUUAACAAACCAUCAAUUAUAAAUUAGAUAUUUGCACUUCUUAAUCAUUUUGUGUGACAAAAGGACCACAUGCAUUCAGUAAAUAUGUCAAUGUGAAGUUUCUGAUUUGCUUUAUGUAUAUCCUCAUUACUGAUUUGUAAUGAACAAUGUGGAGCAGGAGAGGGUACUUAAUUUAUUACAGGUGACAUGAAUCAAACUACUGAGUUAAUUCCAAGGUUCGUGUCCACACAUGGACAGAAAUAUUUAAAGGUCCCAUAUUGUGCCGCAUCAAACCAAAUUAUUUAAAGUCUUACAGUGUGUCUUUUGGCUUAAAAUUCUUCAAAGAUGCUUUAUUCCACCAGAACCUCUGGUUUUAGGGAUGUUCUAAAUGAAAACCGAUGAGCUGUUGCUGUUCCCGCCCCCAUCAGGAAGAACGCGCUCUUUGUGUCGGCGUUCCACAGCAUCUAGGCGGAAUUCUUACUGACUUUUAUUUUACUCCUCCUGAGAGCUGCGUUAUAAACCAAGAGCAGCGGGUUAGCGAGGAAUGCUGAGCUUAAAGUCAGUUUUCAGUGUCGCGAAGGUCUAGAUCACCAUGGCAACCUCUGCUCCAGAACAAGUUCUGUUCAGUGUUUUGGAUUUAUAUCGGCUGUAAGAAGUGCCUCCCUUUAACUAAAUCACUUCCUGAUGAUUCUCUAGAAGUGAUACAGAUUCUCAACUGAGUGAAAAUGUUUUAUCUGUAAACUUACUGAAAAAAAAAACAUCGCUAAAAGCACUGAAUGAAUCUGUGCAGUUAGAGCAUCGCACGCUGUAUGCAUCAUAUUGCCAUGGGAACCCAACAUGUAUCCAGCUAGUGAUGCAGAAAUCACAUAAAAUCUGUUUGUUUUUGUUUGUUUGGUCCGUUUACGCUGCUGGUACUGCAGCUGAUAGAACACAGAUUAGAAAAUGAAAUACUCUACUGGUAUUUAUUACAUAUAAAAUUCAACCAAUAUCAUUAAUUGUGCUUCGAUCUGGGCCAAAAAUUACAAGUGAUAUCCUGCAUUACGGGACAGUGUCAGACCUGCAUUCACUCCAAUACAAUAUCAUGUUAAAACGUAUGAAGUUUAACAGUCUAAUGUGCAGCUUUCAGUUCGGGAUAAGCGGCUGCAUUGAUCGGUAAAAUAAGUUAUAUUAACACACAUUCCUGCAGCGUUUCUUCUUCAAGGUUGGUGUUACGACCUCUUUAAAAUUAACGAGUUUAAAGCUCAAACAAACAAAGAGACCGGCAACAUAUGAACUGGACACAGACACAGCAGGUAAAUUGAUGAAGGGAAAAAAACCCCCAGCUUUAUUUACAAAUAACGCAACUAAUCAAGGUAGAAAUAAUGGUGAAAGAAAAGGGCUGUAGCUGCUGGCCAAAAGGAACAAAAGAGGGGUGGUGAACAUGGCUAACCACACAGUGGGCUCUCGGACCAGUCACCACCCCCUACUAAACUGCCUAACCACAAAUAACUGCUACGAAAGAAAAAAACAGCGAAAACAGGACUACCAGCAACUACAGCCAAACUAAAACAACAAAACCCAGCAAUCUAAACAUGCAUGGGGAGGGAAUGAAUCAAAUACCUGAAAAGAAAGAACUCAAUGUUAAUCACAAAAGAAAAGUUUACAAACAAAACAAAACCCCUCACGUGUUUGUCCGGGAGGACGUGUGGCUUUGUUGUGCUUGAAUCUCUGCUCUGACUGCUGCUCUCUCCUGCCUCCCUAAAUACCCUCCUCCUCCCUAAGUGCUAACAGCACUCAGGUGUGCUGCAGUUGCACAGGUAAAGGGAGGAGGGAGAUCAGAGAGAGCAAGGAGAGACACAGCAGCCAGCCACACGUAACAUCGGAAAUUUUUAGAUUCCUUAUUGUUCUCCAUUAAAACAACCUGUCAACUAAAGAAGAAGAAGGAGAUUCACAUGAUGCAUCAAAGCCCCUUUUUAUGGGACUCUGAACCAGAAAGUCUGAGAUAAAGGAGAAUAGUUGAUGACCACCUUUGUGAUACCUGUUAUAUCUGACUGUUACUGUAUUUUUUGUUAUGUCGACUUACAAAAACAAAGCCUGACUCUGUCAAACUUGCUUCAUAGUGCAGGUCUCUGGUCUAUAACAGCUACAAAACUCAAGAAAAGUGGCUUUUCACCAUAUGGGACCUUUAAAACAUCCACAAGGUUGGACUCUUCUAAUGUGUCUAUAAAAUCUGCAGCGAACAUGUUCAUGAAACUCAAACAGAAAUCAUUCACGCUGGCAGGUGCCACCGUCAGAGCCUGGGUUUGGCUUGCAUGUCAGUUGCAUUUUUGCUUUGUUAAUUUUCUUGGCAUCAAGUUGAUGCCUCAAUCUAAUCCAAUCUCCUGGCCACUUUUUAAAAAUGUCUACAGCCCAAGUCACCCGGUUUACUGUAAAAGCACAAAGAAAUGCGACUGCUCGGCUCUACUCUGGUUCUUCUCCCUGCUAACUUUGGCCCGUGGGUGAGUCGAUCAAUCACUGGACGCAGAUCAGUUUGCCUUUUGUGAUCUGUGCGUGUUUGAGAAAUGGUGGCAGCCAGCACCUUAGUUUUUGCACAGUACUUUAAUGUACUUAACUCUUUAUGUUGUACCUCCAUCGUGAAGGUGGAGCUUCAUGGCCUUAGGUUACAUGCGAGCAACAUUUUGGUAUCAGCUGCUAAAAUCUGUCCGGUAAGAAUACGAUACGAUGAUACAGACUGUUUAGAUCGCUGUCAGUCAUUGUACAUGUCAUGUCAUGAAGAAUACAGAAAAGUGUCCUGCUACAUUGUCACACAACUAAUAAAUGAAUUGUCAGUGUA